ACAUCUUUGAGGAGGGGACGAAUGAACAAAAAACAAGUACAGAAGACAGGGCUUCUGCAGCCAGACUGAUGUAAAGGGUAUUGGAACCCCUCCAGGAACAGACGUUGAGAGGAGCGGUCCCGGUGACUCUCCCCAGGGACAGGACACAUGAAGGGGAGCAGUCCCAGCAACCCUCCUCCAGAACCAGAAACAGCCAAGGGGGGACGAGCGGUGACCAUCCUCAGGAACAGGAAGGAGCGGUCCCGAUGACCCUCCUCUGGAACAGGCACAUGAAGAGGAGCGGCCCCGGCGACCCUCCACAGGAACAGAAUGGAUGGCCCCGACAGUCCUCCUCAGGAACGGAUUAGAUGGAUGAAGGCAUGAGAUGAAGACUGCUGCAGGAAACCCCAUCUGACAUGACGUGGCGUUGAGUGGCAUGGCAUGGAGCGAAAGUUCUCCUGCUGGGUCCAAGAUGGUCAGGUCAUACUGUCAGGGAUGGUGGUGGAGGACCCAAACGCAGGAGACAGGACAUGGUGGCAGAAACUCAAAGAUUUACUUAAACAACUCAAAACAUGACGAAACCAAACCAGUGACGUGACAGAACAGAUUAGAGAAGAUGACAUGAUAAUGAGAACUGAAAAACCAGACACUUAAAUACACUGAGGUUGAUUAACUAAAUGAAAACAGCUGUGGGUGAUUUGACCAGAACACGGUGAGACUCACAAGGAAAACAGAACAUGACAAAACGGAAGCAUGGAUCAUGACAGUUAUAUGUUAUUGUUACUAUUGUGAUAAAUAUACAUGAACUAUUUUUGGCAUAAAAAGUAAGUAAAUAUUUAUUUCUAUAGGACAUUUUCCAGAUAAAAAUCACAAAGUUCUCCAGAAAAGUAAAAACACAUAAAAUUACAGCCAGUCAUACACAUAUUGCAGACAAAAAAAAACGUAAAAGAAGGUAAAUCACAAUAAAAGACAACAAAAGAAGAAAAAAUAACGCAUGAAUAUAAAGAGAAAAAAGUUUUUUUUAUUGAUGUAACUCUUGAUAGAGGUUCUCAUGACUACCUUUCAAAAUAAAAGACACUGUUCAAAUUAGAUCAUCUCAAUGCAGCAGAUGUAGUACUGUAUAUAAUAUCAGCAGUGAUAGAAAAAAAAACAGUUUAUUUUACUGUUUGUGGUCCAUCUCAGCAAGAAACUUGUAAAACUUACUAAAAUAAAAUCAGAGCUAAUUAAGUGACCUUUGCUGUAUUUUUUGAACCACAAGGUGCACCCAAAGUCCUUGAAUUAGUUAAAAAAUAUGAAUUCUGGUCGUACUUACUGAUCUCAAAUUGAGUUUUUGUGGCACAUGGCACAUAAAAAUCUGUCAAAAACUAUGAUCAGGAGCCUCGCAGAAUAACAUUUUUUUUACUCUAGUAAUUACUUUUUACUUAACAGUUAUUUUUUAAAAUGAAAAAAAAAAGUAUUUGUCUGUAACCUGAGUACCAUGAUGGAGGGGUAAAAUAGCCAUGUGGCUUCGGAGCCUCAGGUCCCUUGGGGUCCAGAUGACCCCACCUUAUUUUGAUGUGUGGACCGGAUUUCAUGUCUGCCAUGGACACCAGUGAAGAUAAAAAAAAAAAAGGUCAUCACACUGUCUUGGGGGUUCCAGAUGACCUCACUCCCAACGUUAACGUGACUUGGAUAGCACAGGAGUUUAAAGCAGCAUAACAUGGAACACAAUAAAAACAAAAACAGUUGAUGCCAGUUCUGCUUUUCAGCUUUGACACAUGUAAAUGCUGUGAUCAUCCUUCCGUACCAUGAACAAAGGGUCACUUUUAAAAUAGGUCCUUCAUUACAUGGACUUUUUUUUUUUUACAUGCUCAUAGUUCUGAUAAAAACUAGAAUCAAAGGAUAGUUUUAUACAAAGUGGAUGCUGGUUUUGGUUUUGGUACAUUAUUACACACGACCGGUUUGAUCCUGUCAGACAGAUCUCAUCCCUCCAAAACCCAGAUGAGCAAUCUCUAAAAUAUGGGUCAUGUUAAAAAAAAAAAAAAAAAAAAAAAAACAGGAAUUAAUUCAAAAUGCAUCCAAAGAAUCAAAACUUUGGCUGUAGAGCUUAAAGCUCUAAAGAAGAAACCUGCAGGUUGGUUUUGUUUACACUGUGUGUGUGUGUCUGUGUGUGUGUGUGUGUCGUCCUCAGAAAUGAAAGCAGGUCUCAUUAAGAUUUCUGUCAUGCUGCAGCAGAGCCCACAGCAUUUUAUCUAAAAGCACAAGUGAGCGACCGGUCAAACCACUCAAGACGGAGGAGUCAAAACUCCUGGAUGUGUUUCUGUUCGCAAUGUCUGAACGCGUUCUUCACUGGGGGGAAACGGCAUGCGGCAUGAUGAAGGAUUUGCUGCAUCUUUAUAAGUUGUUCGGAAAGCGUCUGCUGCAGGCCGGGAGGCACAUCAUGUCUCAUAAGUCGUGGAUGAAAACGGUGCCCACGGAGAACUGUGACGUCCUCAUGACAUUUGCAGACACUACAGAUGACCACACGUUACUAUGGCUACUGAACCACAUCCGGCUCGGAAUCCCAGAACUCAUCAUCCAAAUCCGACAUCACAAGCACACACGGGUCUACGCAUUCUUCAUCACAGCGACAUACGAGAAUUUACUGAGAGGUGCAGAGGAGAUGGGACUGAGGAAGGCGGUGAAGCCUGAGUUCGGCGGAGGAACACGGAACUUCUCAUGUGAAGAGGACUACAUCUACGAGAACAUCGAGAGCGAGCUGUGCUUCUUCACCUCACAGGAGAGGCAGAGCAUCAUUAAAUACUGGUUGGACAAUCUUCGUGCCAAACAUGGAGAGGCUCUUCAUAAUAUCACCUUCUUAGGGGGCCAGCCAAUCAUCCCGGAGCUGAGAGCCAGAGGUGUGAUCCAGCAGGUGUUUCCUCUCCACGAGCAGAGGAUCCUCAGUCAGCUCAUGAAGUCCUGGGUCCAGGCUGUCUGUGAAAAGCAGCCUUUAGAUGACAUCUGUGAUUACUUUGGGGUGAAGAUCGCUAUGUAUUUUGCCUGGCUGGGUUUCUACACCACUUCAAUGUUAUAUCCUGCUGUGAUUGGCUUUGUGCUUUGGAUGCUCACCGAGUCAGAUCAGACGAGUCGUGACAUCUGCUGUGUGGUGUUUGCCCUGUUCAACGUGGUGUGGGCCACUCUGUUUUUGGAGCGGUGGAAAAGGCGGAGCGCCGAGCUGGCGUACAAGUGGGGAACGCUGGAUGCGCCCUCCGAAUCCCUGGAGGAGCCGCGGCCUCAGUUUCGGGGAGUCAAGCGCUGCAGCCCCAUCACAGGAUGUGAGGAGUUCUACUAUCCUCCGUGGCGCAGGCUUGUCUUCAGGUGGCUGGUCAGCCUGCCCAUCUGUAUCCUCUGCCUCUGCUUUGUCUUCCUGGUCAUGAUCAUCUGCUUUGAGCUGCAGGAGUUUGUGAUGGGGAUCAAAGAAAUGCCUCGGCUGGCUCGCUUCAUUCCCAAAAUCAUGCUGGCUAUCACUGUGACUGCAUGUGACGAGGUGUACAGGAAAAUCGCCUGCUGGCUAAACGACAUGGAAAACUAUAGACUCCAGAGUGCCUAUGAGAAAAAUCUCAUCAUCAAAAUGGUUCUUUUUCAGUUUGUAAACUCAUAUCUAAGCCUUUUCUACAUUGGAUUCUACCUCAAAGACAUGGAGCGCCUGAAGGAGAUGCUUGCCACUCUGCUCAUCAUCCGCCAGUUCCUUCAGACUGUGAAGGAAGUACUGCAGCCUUACCUGUAUGAGCGCCACAAGCUGGGGGAGCUGACGCUGAGAGCCGUGUGGGACUUGCUGCUCUCGGUGCUGCUGAAAUACGCUCGGCUGGCAGCGGGAAGUGCCCAGGUCUCUCCGACGGACCAGACGGUGGCAGGACCUGGACUGAGAGGCGCGAGGCCCCGGGUGGGACUGUCGGAACGGAGGGAGAAGAAGUGUUUGAACGGAGGAUGUGGAGUGCCUGAUGAGGAGGAGGGAGGGGAGAGGGAUGAAGCUGACAGCGGGAGGUUCAGUGAAGGAGAGACAGAGGAGGAAAGUUUGAUUGACUGUGGUUUGAAGCUGAGGAAGGUCAGCUUCAUAGAGAAGGUGGACAGAAGGUCAGCCUGUAGUGGACCCCUCAUGGAAAACAGUUUUCUAGAAGAAGGCAGCCCUACUAUGGUGGAGAAAGGAAUGGACCCGGCGUCUGUAUUUGAAAUGUGCGAUGAGGACGACGAUAAUGGAAUCCAUGACGUGAAGGACCCGAGCGCCGGCGGCGGUGGAUCUGAGGGGGUGAAUGCUGUAGCUGCUGCUGCUGCUGGCAGCGCCGCCUCACCCCCCUCAGAGAGCAGCACAUCACUGCGUCACAGAAGAGGCCGGAGUGCAGAGAGAGGCGAGACCAAAACCAAGAGGGAGUCAUGGAUAGAUCCUCCAGAAGAGAAAGACAGCACCACCCUCACUCAGGCUGAGAUGGAGAGCUGCAUGCAGACAUAUGCUGACACGUUUGAGGAUUAUCAAGAGAUGUUCAUCCAGUUUGGCUAUGUGGUGCUUUUUUCCUCCGCGUUCCCCCUGGCUGCCAUGUGUGCCCUCAUCAACAACAUCAUCGAGAUCCGCAGUGAUGCCUUCAAGCUGUGCACUGGGCUGCAGAGGCCUUUUGGAGUCCGAGUGACUAGCAUCGGCCAGUGGCAGACCGCCAUGGAAGCCAUGGGCCUCAUCGCCAUCAUAGUGAACUGCUACCUGAUUGGUCAGUGUGGACAGCUGCAGCGGCUCUUUCCGUGGCUCAGCCCUGAAAUGGCCAUCGUCUCCAUCGUCAUCCUCGAGCACUUUGCUGUCCUCCUGAAGUACAUCAUCCAUGUGGCGAUUCCUGACGUUCCCACUUGGGUCAAGGAGGAGAUGGCUAAACUGGACUAUCAGCGCAGGGAGGCCUUCAAGAAGCACGAGCGGCAGGCGCAGCAGCAUUACCAGCAGCUGCAGAGGAGGAAGAGGGAGGAAGAGGAGAGGCAGAGGCAGGCGGAGCACAUGGCCCGCAGAGAGAGGGAGCGGGACGACAGCAGAGGCGACUCCUCCGCGGACCACCACCACGACAAAAGUCAUGGUAGCAAAUCUCGCUCCGGGGGAGGAGGGGCCGGCGGGUCAGACAAACCCAAGAGGCCGAGCUCCCUGCUGGCCAAUAAUAACGUGAUGAAGCUGAAGCAGAUCAUCCCGCUGCAGAGCAAGUUCUCCUCAGGUGGAGCCCGCUCCCCUCAGUCGCCCACGGGCAGUGAGCCCAAGCUGUCCGGGUUCUUGAGCUUUAAGUUCCUCAAGUCACCUGAGAAUAAAAAGGAAGGAGCGACGGCUUCUUCUGUCGCCGCAGCCGCCAGCACCACAUCAUCCUCAUCAGGUAGCAGCUCUCAGGAGCGUUCUCAGUCACCCACUAAAGCCUUCAACCCGGGGAAGUUGUUUAACUUUGGGAAAUCUGAAGGAGGAGCGUGUGUGAACGGGGCUCCACUACCCAGACCUGGAGAAGGAUCAUCGUCACAGAUGCCAGAAAGACAACCGUCCCGCUCUGACUUGAAUGGAGUCCCUGAUGAGAUCCCCUCGCCCGGGGGCGAAGGGUCCGAGAACGGACACGGCACAGACUUGGACCCAGCAAGUUCUAAAAUCUAGAGGCUUUUAAAAGAGAAAACCAAUCACUGGUUGCUUUUAAGAGGUUGCUACUGUGAGCAAAGGCCUGACAGCCUCCUGCGCCGUCUGAGGCAGCGUGCAGAGGUACUUGAAACAACGAGACAUGACUUUUCCUUUGGUUUGCCUUUUCUUUGGCUGACAGACUUAAAAAAAAAACAGGCUUUGUAAGAUCAGCAUAAGCCUUUCUGUCAUGACCUGAUAAAAACAAAACAGAAACACACACACAAUACACAAAUUCUUCCUUGUCCGCAAUACUUUAAAAAACACAAAAGCUGCGUUUCUACUUUUUAAGCCUUCAAACCCGAGAGCUACGUUUCUUGAUUCUGGUCAAAAAUUGUAAAAAAUAUCAUCAGCCUCAUAUCAGGACAUAUCUGCUAUUGAGGAAACAUGAAAGAAUUACCAAUUAUAUCAAAUAACAGUGUUUUUUUUAGCUUUCACAGCUCAAGUGAAGAUCAGAUUUCAGUGUCAUUUUUAACAGUGAGGACUUCGGGGGGGGUCCUCACUUUUACAACAAAGCAGAAAAAGCAAUAUAAAUCAGUGUUUUAAUAAUUCUCGUUAGUCGUCAUAAAUGCAUUCUUACUCCCUGAUAGAUCACCAGCUUUAUUUUGAAAGUUGGGGUGAGCUUUCUCCUUUUUCCUGUGACACAUUUAUUUGUAAAUGUAAAGAGCUCAGCGACUCAAAGGAGCUCAAAGGAGGAGUCAGUUUGAGAGAAAGAGAGAGAGAGAGCCCAGAGAAAAGAGAGAAAACACAAGAAGUAAAGUAAUAAAAGUAGAGCACGGAUGGAGGGGUUGUAAACACAGAUGGUGCUUCAUUCCACACACUUCAGCCAAAUGAGAAAAAAGUGAAAUAAUAACACUUAAAGCACUAAUCUUUAGAGAGACCUGCAUAGAGGUGCAUAUCUGCCUCAUGACAUGAUGCCAAAGCUGAUUUUUUUUAAUAUCUUAUUUUUCCUUUUAUUCACUCAUUCAUGCAAUUAAAAGCUUAUUUAUUUACUGUAAGAGAGACAAUACUUUUAUUUUCUUAUUAUUUUUUUCCUCUCUUUUUACUAAAUCAGUGUUUAUCACAAUACUGUUCACCCAUGACAUGCACAGUAUUCUACAAGAGUUUUGGGCACUGGGAUAAAACAAUUCUUAAUCAAUAGGGGUGUAACGAUUCAUUUCAACAAAACAUAAUUUGUAGUUGAGGAUUCGAUUCAUAGUCGAUUCAAUUAAUAUUUGAUACGCUUCAAAGUCGAUACGAUUCGUGGUCAAUACAAUUCGUGGUCAAUGCGAUUCAUUGUUGAUAGGAUUCAUGGUUAACAGGGUUCGUAGUCGAUACGAUUGAUGGUUAAUAGGGUUCGUAGUCGAUACGGUUCAUGGUCGAUAGGGUUCAUAGUCAAUACGAUUCAUGGUUAAUAGGGUUCGUAGUCAAUACGAUUCAUAAUCGAUACGAUUUGUGGUUGAUAGGAUUCAUAGUCCAUACAAUUCAUGGUCGAUACGAUUCAUGGUUAAUAGUGUUCGUAGUCGAUACGAUUCAUGGUUAAUAGUGUUCGUAGUCGAUACGAUUUAUGGUCGAUAGUGUUCGUAGUCGAUACGAUUCAUGGUCAAUAGUGUUCGUAGUCGAUACGAUUCAUGGUUGAUAGGGUUCAUAAUUGAUACAUGAUCGAUGCAAUUCAUGGUUGACAGGGUUCAUGGUCAUUACUAUUUGUAGUUGAUAGGAUUCAUAGUUGAUUCGCUUCAUUUUGAACGAUACGAUUCACGGACCUAAAAUCGAUCUAAAACAUCUUUAGACUCAGAGAUAAAUACCUGGAACUGAACAGUGCAGGUGAAGUUUUCCAGAUUCCUUGUAUUUCUUGCAAGAUAUUAAAGUGUAAAUUAAAGAUGUAAGCAAACAAGAAGUAAUGGCAAAUCCAUUCACAUUUUAGUUUCAUAAAGUUGCAUUUCCACAUCAAAAUAAUACAAAGUAUUAGAACAUUCUUCCACACUGUAUUCUCACUUUCAAAACACAAAGUAUUUUCAUACAUUAGACUGUAAUGAUGGCUUGAUCAUAAUUUACCGCCAUCACGUCUGUGAUGGCACUUAAUUGUUUUUACAUUAUACUAAAAUAAAGAUAUUGUGCUUAAAUCCAAAUGGUAUUAUUUAAAAUUAUUUAGUUUUAAAAUUGUAUUAUAAUUGUAUAGAUCAUUUUGAUUAGGAAUCAGAUGAAUGUGGUUGGAUCAAAGGAAUAUAAAUCGAUUAAUUGAUUAAUCGUUACACCCCUACUAACCAAUCAGAAAGCAGAAACAUCAACUACAGUUCACCACUGAUUGGUUAGGAUUAAGUACUGAUGUAAAAGUGCCUAAUCUUUUGUUCUGUACUUCCUGUCUCUUCACCAUAGAAAGUACAUUACCGCUCCUCAUCUAUCAAGUAGUGUUUCACCUCUGCAGGAUCUCCAGAAGGUGGUGCCACUUUCACUAAACAGCCAAAGAAGCACAGUCUGUGUUUGUCUGCGGGUUCCUUGAAGGGAGGUGUAGAACUGGGCACUGAAAGAGGUUGAAGAGGCCAUUGCACUGUCAUGUGGGCUGAGAUACACAAACAUCAACUAUGCAUUUUCAUACUUUUCACCUCUUGCUAGCAUUGUGGCAAUAACACUUAGGGCCCUCCUGUGGCGUGUUUAAUGUAAAGAGUCCGUCUUAUGAUUUGAGUACCGUCCCCCACUGGCCUUUCGGUUCUUAAAUAGUUUUCAGGCUUUUUGUGUUUCAUGUAGACUCUAGUCUCAAGUCCUGUGGUUUUUAAAGAGAAGGCAAAAACAUUUUUUUUUCAGGCAAAACGAUCUAAUGCAAUACAGAAAGUCUAUCAGUGUGGUCUCAUUUUACAGUCAAGUCUCCAGUGUGUUCUUUUCUACCGUUGGAAAUCACUGUAAUAAAUGAACACUAUGGGUUUUUUGACGCUGACAGAAACUCAAUGUCCUCCUUAGCUUUGUGUUUUGUUCUCGGCGGCUGGCACAUCUUUGAGGGAAGCAGCAGAACAGAUGGUGAUGGAAGCUGCACUCAGUCUCCUGAUAACCUUCAGUCUGUGCAGCGUUUGGAUAGGAACGGUGACACGAUGAGUGCAUUCAUUACCGACUGUAUCUGUGCUGAUGAGGAUUUGGGAAUUGUGCUACAUCACAGUGGAGUUUAGUGUGCAAAUCCACAACAAGAGAUUAGGAAUGGUAGAAUAAACCAUCUUUGUUGCAGCAGCUAGAUUUUAAAGUAACAGAUCUAGUACAGUUGGGUUUUUCCAUAAGCACUGAGACCCCUUAAAGAAACAGCAGCUCAAACAUCUUAAAUCCACCGGAUUUUAUUGUGCCGUCAGUGUCAAAUCUGUGCAAAGUCAAGGAUCCAGUAAAGGUUCUGAAUCAUGAGUUGGAUGUGAACAGGCGAGUCUCCCCACAGCUACAUUACGCCCAGACCCAAACCUCAAAGUGAAGACAUCAUCAUGGAAGCCUCACUGAAAGAACAUCAAAAGCUCUUCCAACAUACCACUGUAAAAAACAACAAAAAAGUCAAGAAAAAAAAGAGGGGGAAAAUGGGAAAUGGGAUUAUUUAUUUCUUUUAUUUUGUCAUAUUUUUGUAAAAUCAGAAAAAUAGUUAUUAAAACUUUCAAAUGCAUUAAAUAUGACGACUUUGUGUCUUUUCUUAAAUGUUCAUUUAUGCUGGGAGGACCUCACAGGCCAUCGCUUAGCACAAAUGUUAUAUGCAUUUUCAAAUGAGUUACUAGAUUUCUCACCAAACAUCACACAACAACAGCAUUCCAUUUUGAAUCCAGUUUUUAUUGAGCAAAGCUAAAAAGGACAUCAGACCUAACACUGGAUGGGGGCAAGGCUUAGGGUGUAGUUGAACAGUCCAUCAGAGCGAAAGCAGAACACGGUUUCAUGUGUAGAAAACAGUAUUUACAAUGUCGGUUAGAUCCACAGUCGACCCUCCUCACUGCACCAACUGAUAAGGGACAGAAUUUUGUGAAUGCUGGGCAGUGAUAACAAUUUGUAAAAAAAAAAAAAAAAA